AGAGGGCGGGGCUCGCUGAGGCGGGAGCGCUCGGUCCUGUCGCGGGUGGCGGUGUCGCCGUCGCCGGUCGCGAUGCUCCGUCGGAAGCCGACGCGGCUGGAGCUGAAGCUGGACGAUAUCGAGGAGUUCGAGAGCGUGCGGAAGGAGCUGGAGGUGCGCGCAGGGCCGGGCGCGGGGGGCUCGGCGGGGGGGGGGGGGGGGGGGGGGGGGGGGGGGGGGUACAAGCCGCAGCCCAAGGCCGGCGGCCGCACCGCGCACUUCGGCACCUUCGAGUUCUGACGGGGGACCCCGCUCUGAGCUCUUCCAUUUCUGGUUAACGUGUCCGUGAACGCCCCUUGGCCGAGUGUUCGGUUUUAA